ACAGAUUUUUAUUUUUUUAUUUUUGGUCCAAUAUGGCUCUUUCAACAUUUUGGGUUGCCAACCCCUGAGUUAGUUAGUAGUCUCUUUUGAUGGUUUGUUUACAUUUUGGGGACUAGUAUUAUAGCACCAUCUAGUGUCAGUUAGCACUUGUAUUUCAUGUCUCAACACAUUGAGUAGUUUUUUUUGUUUUUUUUUACUUUCCCAUCUGGUAUCCAAAUGUCUCACCUCACUGAUGGAGGGAUCCAGCCUGGACCGGCUUGGAUUGGAUGGAGCAGUUUAACAGCCAGCCAAUGAAAAGAAGCCCAGAGGGAAGAGAGGAGGGUUAAACUUCCCAGUCCUACCACACAACAAGAUCUUGUGCAGAAACGGGUCAACGAGAUGGAGACCAAAAUCCCUGACUUCUCUGGAAAGUGGAAAAUGAAGUCAUCGGAAAACUUUGAGGAGCUUUUGAAAGCGCUGGGUGUGAACGUGUUUGUGAGGAAAAUUGCUGUGGCGGCGGCAUCCAGUCCCGCAGUGGAAAUCACCCAGCAGGAAGAGAGUCUGUCCAUCAAAACGUCCACCAGCGUCCGCACCACCCACGUCUCCUUCACUGUGGGUCAGUCUUUCAAUGAGACCACCGUGGAUGGACGCCCCUGCAUGAGCUUUCCAACUUGGGAAUCAGAGAAUAAGAUCAGCUGUGUGCAGACGUUACAGAAAGGUGAGGGACCAAAAACCGCAUGGACCCGGGAGGUGACCGGUGAUGGAGAACUGGUACUGACGAUGACAGCAGGCGACGUCGUCUGCACCAGAGUCUAUGAAAGAGAAUGACAAAGUACAAAGGCUGUCAUACAAUAUUUUCCCUUUUGUGCUUCAUGCGUUAGUCAUCCUUACUUGCUCUUUGGAUGAAGUCCGCUUGCAAGUUUUGGUGCAAUCUGCAAAAAAGCGCCAAUUUGAAUAGUAUUUCCCUAUAUGGGUUUGUGACGUACAUUUAAUGAAUUAAAUUAGUCAAUCAGGAGUUCAAGAAUUCAGUGACAAAACCAAUUGGUACGAUUUAAUGGGAGUGAUGAAUGUUUUGAACUCCUGUUUCAAUGCCAGUGGUGUACUGAGAAGAAUACUGCUGCCAUAGGUCUUUGUGGAUGUAGCUCAAUUUCCCAUUUUGUGCUCAUUUACAUCCCGGAAUGUUUCUCCAGACCCACUUUUUGUGUUUCAGCAUGACCCAGUGCCUUAAUCAAGCUUCUAAAUAGGGAUGUGCAGAUCGAUACUGAAAUAUUGAUACCGCCGAUACCAGAUCUUUAUGCUGUAAUGUCGAUCCUCAAAACCAAAUAUUGAUACUUUUGAUACUUUAGUUGAAGGUCCAAACUUUUUCCACCAAGGGCCGCAUACUGAAAAGUGAAAGUAUGCAGGGGCCAUAUGGAUAUUUUUUUUAAUUUAAAAAAAUAUGCUAAAAACGGAUAUUGUGUCAGCUUUGUAUUAUAGGUGACUAAGCAUAUUAUCAUUAAUCAUUAAAACAUUUCAGCUUUUUCUCGUUACAGGCUGAUUCUUUUUCUCUUUUUUUCUUACAUUUUUAUGUAAGUAUAGACCAGGGGUCGGCAACCCGCGGCUCUAGAGCCGCAUGCGGCUCUUUAGCGCCGCCCUAGUGGCUCUCUGGAGCUUUUUCAAAAAUGUAUGAAAAAUGGAAAAAGAUGAGCGGAAAAAUAUAUAUUUUUUGUUCUAAUAUGGUUUCUGUAGGAGGACAAACAUGACACAAACCUCCCUAAUUGUUAUAAAUCACACUGUUUAUAUUAAACAUGCUUCACUGAUUCGAGUAUUUGGCAAGCGCCGUUUUGUCCUACUAAUUUUGGCGGUCCUUGAACUCACCUUAGCUUGUUUACAUGUAUAGCUUUCUCCGACUUUCUAGGACGUG